AUGACUGCCACCACCUAUGCCGAGUAUGGCAAGGAGACAGAGGCGUUCACAGUGGCAGCAGCAUUUCCGGAAGCUAUCAAAGGUCGCACGAUCAUCAUCACUGGCGUCAACAAGCAGGGCAUCGGCUACAGCACCGCGGAAGCCUUUGCUUCACAGAGGCCUGCGCACCUGAUCCUCGCAGGGCGCUCGCCAUCUAAAAUCCAGGAAUGCAUCGAUGCCCUCAGUAGCAAGUAUCCAAACAUCGACCUCCGUGCCCUCAAAAUCGAUCUGGGCUCCCAGAAAUCCGUCCACGCUGCUGCAGCCGAAGUUCUCGGAUGGGCAGACAUUCCGACAGUGGAUCUGCUCAUCAACAAUGCCGGGAUCAUGAAUAUCCCCACGCGCACGUUUAGUGAAGAUGAUAUUGAGAUCACCAUGGCCACGAACCACGUCGGGCAUUUCCUCUUUACUAACCUGAUCUUCCCUAAGCUCAUCGCCGCGGCGAAGAACGCACCAAAAGGCGCGGUGAGAGUAGUCAAUCUCAGUAGUUCAGGAGUCAGAUUAUCAGGGGUUCGUUUCGGUGAUCUACGCUAUGAGAAGAAGGCCUCACAACUACCAGAGGAUCAAAGACCGAACUUCGCGAUGAUGAGGGCCUUUGACUUGAGCUUUGAUGAAGAGGAUGGGUAUCUCGCUUUCCCGGCUUAUGGCGCCAGCAAGACCGCCAAUGCUCUCUUCGCCAUCGGCCUCAACGACAAAGUCUAUGCCAAGCACGGUGUCCUAAGCAUCAGUGUGAAUCCUGGUGAGAUCAAGACCGAGCUUACCAGGUACGCUGAUGAGGGCUUCAAGAAAUUGCUCCCAAAUUUGGAGACAAAGUUUGGAUUUGUAUUCAAAAGCUUGCAGCAAGGUGCCAGUACCACAUUGGUGGCCGCAACUGACCCUAAACUGAGCCUUCCCGAGAGCGAUGGCCGUGGAGCGUUCAUGAGUGACUGCCAAAUCACUGAAGUUCCUGCGUACGCCGCGAGCCUGGAGAACGCACAGAAGUUGUGGGGGAUCUCGGAAGGUUGGGUUGGGGAGACAUUCACUUGGUAG